AUGUCAGAAAAAGAAAAGUGUGUGCAAGCCAGGCGGAUGCAACGCCGCCCCCUGAAGGCGUUGCGGGUGUGCUUCCUUCGCAACGGAGACCGUCACUUCGCAGGCCUCAACAUGGCCAUCUCGAGGACCCAUAACAAGGACUUUCAGGCCCUGCUGGAGCAGGUUACCGAGACCAUGCGACGCCACGUGGUCCUGCGAUCGGCCAUCAAGACCAUCCUGCACCUGGAUGGAACUGCCCUGAAAUCGGUGAGCUGCAUUGGCGAGGGCGACAUACUGAUCUGCUGCUGCCAGUACGAGGAGAUGAUUCGCAUUGAGUACUGUGUGAACAAGGACUUUCAGAGGCAGCGGGUCCUGCAGACCCGCUGCGACGAACGAAGGAUCUACGGCGAUACCCUGGAGAGGGUCAAGCCAACGGAUCUGCCCGAUACCAUUCGGCAGCAUAUUAAGCACCUGCAACCCCUGAUGCAGACCCCAAGGACGGUGAUCUUCCGUGGAUAUGCGAGGAGCAAUGGGACCAAGCGCAUCGUUAAGAUGGUAAACAAGCAGUACAUGGACUACAACAGCGAUGAUCCCUACUUAGAGGUGGAGGUACUACGCAUGCUGAGGUCACACCCGAACAUCGUGGAAAUGAUGUACUCCCUGAAGGAUGAGAGGCAUUUGUACAUGGUUAUGGAGUUCGUGGAGUGGGAUGUCGACGAGGUGAUCCAGGUGUACGGACCCAUGUCGGUGGCGAAUGCCAGAAAAGUGAUGAAGGACACGACAGCCGGUUUGAAACACAUCAUGGAAAUGAAACUUAUCCAUCGGGACAUCAAGCCAGCCAACAUGCUCAUGAAGUAUUCAACCGAAACCGGGGUCGAAGCGGUAAAGAUCACCGAUUUUGGCAUGGCCGUGUUCUACAAGGGCGACAAGCUGUACUCAUGCUGUGGAACCCCCGGCUACAUGGCUCCCGAGAUGAUUGGCGAAUGUGGUUACGAUUUCCAGGCGGACGCCUGGUCACUGGGCGCUACCCUCUUCCAUAUGCUCUACGAUCAGCUGCCCUUCGCCAAUGACUACCAGACUAUCCCGGAGAUAUAUGCGGCCAUCUUGAAAGGUGGACCCAGCUAUCCCGAGGAAAUGCAAAAGGACACCGAUCCAGAGGCCAAGGAUUUGAUUGAGGGUCUGCUAGCGAUGAAACCCAGGAAUAGGCUUACCAUCGAUGAGGUGCUCAAGCAUCCAUUUAUUGAUCAGUAG